AAGCGUUUGUCAUGUGGGCCCUCUGGUUGGUCCAGGAUGUGUUUGAAAACACACGCGGAAGGAUUGUCUCGCGUAACGAAAUAUAUUCUGCGCCGCGGUGUAGUAGUAACGCAGAACACUGUAUCGAAAAGCAUGGGAAGUAGUGUCGCUGUUUGCUUCAAGUGUGCGUCACAUGUUGAACGAACGUAGAUCGCUAGGUGAAGCGUGUGAGCCCGUCAGACAGAGGUGGAAGCGUGGCGCCGUCGUCGUCCCGUGCAGACAUGUCCGCACAUGUUGCGGCACUGAGACUGAGUCGCGCCGGUUGCUCCUGCUCAUCAUCAUCAUGAUGGACAGUAGUAAAUUCCCGCAGCAGCUCUUCCCCAGCUUUUAUUACAUUGGCCCCCCUGAACGGACAAGCGGCUGUGCGGUGGAAGGCUGGGGUACGUACGGCCAGUUACUCCCACUGGGAGCCGAGGAGGAGGAGGAGGAGGAGGAAGAGGAGGGUCCUGCCCAUUUGAACGACUGGAAAUUUCAAGCACAGCACACAGCGAAAGGUCAGAAAUGGGUACCCAUGGAGCCCAUCACAAUACCACUCUUGGCCCCAAACAAAGUUGGCAAGUGUACAGAUUUUGGCCGUCCUUCUGAUGCAAUGGACUUCCCAAAACAUAUGAAGAACUUUUACCUGGAUAACCCUCAGGAUGCCUUUGGUACAAUGAGCAGUUUACUUGAGGAGCACUUCUAUUUUGGGAGUGGGACCUUAAAAGCACAUGCAAGAAAGACUGCUGUUAGUAUGAAGAAGAUGAAGCAUUUUUUAAGACAUUCAAAAUAUGAAAAGUGCUCUCUGACGUACUUUGGGAAAAGAGCCAGACUGUACAGCCAUCUGCUCGGGGAUGCGAUCCACGACAUUCCUCCUGGACUCCUGGCUGAGCUCCUUCAUGAAGAGUUGGCUCAGCGCUGGCAACAGCAGCACUUCAAUGAAGUGACCACAGGGGGCGCUAUAGGCUAUUUUCAGCUCAGGGCGUCAGAUACAUUUCAAGAAGGCUGCCUCAUAUAUCCCAGAAAGUCUGCCCUCAACUCACUUGAGUUCCAGCAAGUGGUUUUAAAGGUAAAAAACAGCAAUUCUCCGCAACUCAGCUUGCAGAACAAACCCAUUACUUACAAGCUCAAUGGCACCGUUCGCCAGAUCAGCGUUGGCCGCAUGGAGGAGAGUGUGCACGUGGGGGUGCGUUCUGACUACUGCUGUGGAGUUUGGAUGGCCACGCACGCUCUGAGACCCGUGCCACGUGAAGUCAUUAAAACUGAGGAUAGGUCCAGCUGCCUCGCUGUCAGCCCCCAUAUUCCUGGAGAACUGCUUGUGGCCACUGAAAGUGGAGCUGCCUAUCUCUGGACUGUAGGGCGAUGCCUUUCUAAAUUCCGUGAAGAAGAAGGAAACCUGUAUUUUAAUGCUCAGUCCCAGUGGCGAUGGUGUGACUUUUCUGCACACCCCAGAGUGGUGCUGUAUGCUGACCGGACAGGGCUGGAGCUGACAGACAUCAGAUCUAAAGAAAAAUACAGCCACACUCUGUUUCGCAUAGGACAGACACCGGACUGCAAGAGUGGGGAGAGGGUGAUGAUGUCCAAGUACCUGUUUGACGUUAACACAUACCACCACCUUGUUACCACACAGUAUUCCGCAUAUAUCAUGGAUGAGCGCUUUCCAUGCUUGCCUAUGGUCAAGUGGGACCACAUGAUGGCAGGCCCACCUGUAUUUGCACAAGUCGUUGGAAGGCCUUCACAAGGUGGGAGCAAUAAAAUGCUGCUUGGCUCCCAGCAUUCCCAGGAGGUAAUGCUUCUGCAGUACUCCGGUGGUGAUGUCCUUGCCUGCCAUUCUGUGGGAUCUCCUCAGCAACUCAUCUCACCCAUGAAGAGCCUGAAGCAUCUGCCAGUCCAGAUUCCCCACAGGAAGGUGAAAGUCCAGGAGAGGCUGGAGGUGCCUCUUGCUGGUGUUGCAUCCAUCUACCAUGCUGAGAAACGUGAGUGCCUUUGUGUGCUACAGCUCUCUGAAGGAGGGGACAUCUUCUACCAGAUUCUGAAACCAGCUGGAAAUGAAUCGCAACCCUCAAAGAACUCUAUGGGGGGUAAGCAACCUACUGCAGAACUAUCCGAUUCAUUGUUGUACCAAAGCCAGAAGCAGAUGAGCGACAGUACUGUGAAUGAGGAGCAAAGAACACGUGCGUUACAGGUAGAACUGAGUGAUAACCAAAGUGCAGCAACAACUUCUGAGAUGGAAAUCCAUGGUGUUUCUGAAACCUCUGUGAGUCAAACUCUUGUGGCCCAGUCUACACAAGUAGGCACAAGUCUUGCAAAACACAGUACAGCCCAAGAAAAGGCCAGCAAAGAGGUCCUAAUGCAGUGGAAAUCAUGGCUGAAUAUUCUUCACAGCAACCAAAAACAAAAGCGCAGAAAAUAUGAAAAGUGUCACUGGACUUUAACAACCAAAUCACUUAUUUCCCUUGACGAUGGCCAAAAAGACUCUCUUGAGAAAGGUCGACUUAGCAGUCUAAGAAAUGAUAUGAAAGAGCUCAUGAAAAGAAAGAAGGUGCUCAUUCACGGUGUCACCAGCCUUCCUCCACAAGGGGUGCUCCCAACUCCAGACCCUGUGGACACUGAAUCUUGGGACAAUGACCUGAGCCAGCGGCUCUCCAUGUCUUGGGAUGGCCAGUGGAAAAGCUGGUGGGAAGAGAAGCUGGGACUGAACCGUGAGAAGAAGGUCAAGGAACUUCGCCGAAAACGUAGGCGACAAAAACAAGCUCGAGUUCGGUCUCGUGUUUGCCUUUCUGAAAGCUUCACCUCCUCUGUAGGCUAUCCAUCUGACUUUGACUUCUCAGCUACAAGUAGUUUUGGAGACAGCCAGCCUCCUGAUUUGGGUACAGACUUUGGAUAUCUGUCUUCUCAGGAGGACCUUUUCUCAGAGUCUGAGUGUGUGAGGAGAGUGGAUGUAGACAAGGAGUCUCAGAGUUCUAAACCCAACUUGGUGCAGCUGGAUUCUGGCAAAGCAAGACUUGUGGGCAACAAAACUAAAACUCAAGAGGCAAGAUGCCUCAAUCAGGAAUCCUACCUCAGUUCUCUGUUCAGUUCCCAGGAAGAACCUAAGGAAGCCACUGUGGAGAGUAGCUUCUCCUUCCCGCUGUCAUUGUCUUCUCAAAUGUCCAGCAUUUCGGUGUCCCAGAGGAAACCCUGUGUUGGAGCUUCUUCGUUGACCUCCACCCCUUCCCGUCCCAUGAAGAAGAGGUCACGCAUGGGUUUUUAAAGCACUGAAGAACGGACGUCAGGGCAAGUCAUUAAUUUAUUCUUUGUUUCUCUCGUUAUGCCUAACUUCACUCUAGACUAAGUUAGAUUUACAAUGCAGUGUUCCAGUUUGUGCUAAAAUCAGAUUUGUAAGCCUUUUAGGCUGUGAUCCAUAUGCAAUGAAGUGGUAGAUAUUUCAGUACUCAUCUCCAGUACUGACAGUGAUGCCCCCCCCCUGAGCUGUUACAUUUCUUAAGUGGAAAAAUCAGUAUGAAUUUAGGCACUUUUAUGCUGUUGUGUACUUAGCAUGUCAGGUCGUGGAUAAAAAUUAAAAUUUAAGAUUGCUUCUUGUCUGUCUUAGAUUAUAUGAAAUAGUUAUAGCAAAUGGAUUCCUCAGUCGAAUAAUUUCUACCAGUUAAAAUGAUGAGUGAAAGAAAAGCCAGCAAAAGAUAUCGUUCUUCAGAUUUGUAAUACAGCACACAUGGUUAAUAGGACAACACGACUAGGCAAUUUAUGCAACCAAGUCUAAAAUAAUGUUGAAGUUUUAAUUUUCAUUUUUCACUUAAGUUAAUGGCAUACAUUUUUGUUUUUACAAAUGUACAGUUUUUCCUGUAAUAUCAAAAGAUUAUAUGCAUUACAUAUGCAGUUAACACCAAAAAUAUUUCUCAUCCUGUAUGGAAUUUUUUUUACACU